AUGCGGGCAGGAGCGAGGUUGCGGCAGGCAGCCAAGAGAGAGAAGGAGAGGAUGGAAGCGGAGAUGAAAGUCGAGGAGGAGAGGAGGAGGAGAGAAGCUGAGCAGGCGAAUUUGCGGGAUGCUCGGCUGAAAGAGGAGCAGAUGGGGGAGUAUGCCUCGAUGCUCGAGAAACUGAGACAGAAUGAGCGAAGAGAGGACGUGAGCAAGUGGGGGAGGCUGGUCCAGAAGGUGAUGGAUAUCAAAGGAUUGAGCUUGCGCAGUGUGGCCAAGAGAUUUCUAUCCAUGUCAGCCAUGAUGUCAAGCUAUCACAAGGGAGCUAACGACCUUCUGACGGGGACCAAUGAUAGUUACGUGAGCGAGGAUGAGGACGACUUGGACUCUAUCCAAGUUCCCUCCCUGUCGGUUGACGUCGCUACCAAACCACCAGCACCGCGGGCGGAAGAGACAAGCUCUCGGCUCGACAAGGAUGAGGCGGAGAUGCUCGUGAGGCAUGCGCUAGCGAUCGAGGCAAACACAGAGCGGGAGAUUUACAACAAGUGCCGAGACUGGGAGAAGCCGAUACCGUACAACGAGGUGGUUGCUUCUGUGAGAAGAAUGUCCACGGGAGCACACGAGCAAGACGGAGCAAUGGAGCUGAAUUUGAAAGAAUACCUGAAAGUGAACGUGAGCAUGAAGCUUUAUUCAAGCGAGGAGGAGUCAAAGGGAGAGGAGGAUAUGAAUUCCCAUCAAAUGUCAACCGAUGCGGAUGAGAAGGACAAGGAGGAUACUGAAGUUCAUGACGCUGAGAAAGUUGGCACACCGCCUCCACCUGAAGUCCGGGAGGAACCUGAAGCUCUUUAUGGCGACGAAUCUGUUUCCCAGCUCGACACCAGCUACGAGCUGCCAUCCUUCUCUCGGGACUCUCCUACUCUUCUGUCCUUGAUGGAAGAGCCCCACCAGAAAGAGCCCACCAAGAUGCCCAAACGCCUCCCCCCAGAUCCUCAUCCUCCUCCUCGUGCUCGGCCCUGUCCUCCUCCUCCUCCUCGUCCUCGUCGUCCUCUGCGAGCUCAGGGCAAGACUCUCCCGACGCUCCGGGCUCCUCUGCUCCCGACAGAACGCUUGAAGGAGCAGCCGGGGGUCACCGUCAUGUCCAUGUCGAUUGCGGUGGGAGGGGACCAGGACAAGGAGAUGAAGGAAUGGAGGAAGGGAGUGUCAGCAGAAAUCCUCGUCCUGGAGGAAGAAACUCUCCUCUCUUCCUCCUUCCCCUCCUCCUCCUCGUUGCUAGCCAGCGCCGACAGUCGACAUUUGUUGAUAGGAGAAGUAACGAAGAGGCGGGAGAUCGCAGGCGGCAAGAUCAAGGCCGGGGAGGGGUCGUGCAUGUUUGCGGGGGACAGCAGAGACGGGAGGCAGCUGGAGCUGUUCUGGUUGAAUCCUUGCACCAUCUUCCUGCUGGAGUCACCCAAGAUGGUUUGUGUGACGCUGGUGAAGGAGGAGACAGUGCUGGGAGUCUCGUUUGUCUCCGGAAGGAAGUUGAUGGAGAUGUUGAAGUCACUGACGAGAAAUAAUUCUUUCAUUCACGCUGCUGCCAUCUGCUCCCUCAAGAUCUUCUCUUGUACUGGCAGACAAGUCAGAGAUGGCAGGAGACAGCAACUCAUGCUCGACCUCACCAUCACUCCUUAUAGGUCUGUCAACUCUAAAGCAGCGAAUUCAAAAUCUUUGACGGGUAAAGACCCUGAGACAGUAGAGAAGUCAGAGCAAGAGCAAGGAGGAGGGACGGGGAGAGGAGAGAGAGAAAGAAGGAGCGGAAGGUCACUUCCCUACACCUCCAUCGAGUUUGACGUCAAGUCGGCUGAAGUUAUCUUUCAGAUCUCUGCCAACGAAAAGCAGGGUCUCUGGCGAGGGCCAUGGGAGGACAUGCAGGUCGUAGAGCAACAGAGCAAGAGCAGCGAGAGCUUUGUGAUCCUCCGACCCAAGAGAAUUCCAUCAAGCUGGGUUUCAAACUUCGGUCACAACGUCUUUGCAACUUUGAGUCUACGAGUUUGGAGUGACUUCAAGUCGACGAGGCAGGUCAAGCUGAACAAAGUCAGCUCAGCAAAACCACGCCAGGGGAGAGGAGCAGCAAGAUCAGCAUCAGCAUCAGCAUCAUACCACAAACAGGUAGAGAAAAGUCACAAAGCGAGGAACACCCUAGCUGGGAUCCCUACACUGAGGUUCGAGGAGAACUUGGGGGAAGACGGGUCGCCGAAGGCUCCGUUGCUUCUCCCUCCUCCUUGCAGGCCCCACGGGUGA